CCAAGAUUCAAGGCUUUAAUUAUUAGUUUUCAUUUUUCCCCCAGGGAUUUCUUUGCAAAAUCCAGAAUUCCACUGAUAUUCCUAGCCGUUUCUGCCAAAAGCCUCCUGCCUCUCUUUCUCCUGCUAUCCUGAGAAGCAUGAAGCUUGGAACUGCAAUGAAGUGCGUAGAAGGACACUCAUGUUCUCUUCACUUAAUUAUUCGGGGGGCACUCUACCUUAGUGGAAAUAUCCAUGGAAUAGAAAUGUGUUCUCUCUCCAUGGACACUCAGAGUACUCAGUGUGUGAAUGUGAGGAUUUCCGGACAGGCACGUGCAAAACUUCCUGGAAGGAAGGUGAAAGUGCAGUAUAAUUGCUUUGAAGUCCGUGAAGGGCAACAAGUUCAAGUGACCAUGAGAACAGUUCCAAAUUAUUGUGGAAUCCAACGCAGUCGAAAAUAUCAUGUUGAAGAUUGCAGGAACAGUGAUGUGGAGAAAAAUAUUCCAGCCUGUUUUGCUGUAGCAAUCAAAUAUGAUGUGGAUAAAAAAAAUCAAAUCAUAUUGGUGACUCUUUUAAAUGCUCAAGGCACAGAUUAUUAUGUUCGUUUAUGCCAUCAGUGGUUUGCGUGUCAGGAUGUGGGGGCAGUCACCUUGGUUCAUGAGAAGGACUUGUUGAAACCAGUUUCUUUACAUUAUACCCAAAUGCUGCCAUGUUUGUGCAUUGAGGCAUGGCCAGCAAUUCCAGAUGCAAGGAGACGGCGGUUGUGCCCAUUCAAAAAUGAUACCGAGGCCCUGUGGGAUAACAACAUUGUAUAUAUUUCCCGCACAAAAACUUUGUCCUGGGAAGCUGCCUGUCCUGUUAACGUUACUGUCAGCCUUUGCCAGCGAAAGGAGACUAAUGGUGAAUGUGUUGAUAUUGAAAACACUUCAAAGACAGUUCAAGAUAAAGUAACAUAUUCUGUGGAUGCGCAUCCAGCUCUUUGCAUGAAGUUUACUACUCAUCAUGGAUCUUGGGUUAGAUGCCCAUUCACUCAAGGAGCUGCUCAAGUUUGGAAUAUGAGACUUGAUGUGAUAGAUGAACAGAUACAAGUUUCCUUCAUGUCAAUGACUGCGGCACAGUUUUCAGUUCAUGUCUGUAAUAAGUCUGAGUUGUCUUCGUGUGACCCUGCUGGAAAGCACCAAUCAAUCUCAGUGGAUGGCGCAAAUUCAACAUUUGUCAACAUUUCAGGGAAAACAUGUGGUUCAAACAUUUGCAUUCAGGGAUGGAGGACAGAUGUAGAUUAUUCUAUUCCUACACACAUCUGUGACAUGCCCUGCAACUCUUUGAUUCAGAAUCAAGAAAGUUAUGAGAAUGCCUUCAGCAUCUUAUCUUUAGCAGCAGUACUUGUCAUAGCUGUAAUCAUGACGGCAAUCCUUGGACUUAAACUUUCAUCAGUUUUCCAGACAAAGGGACAUGAAGGGAAAAAUGGAGUAACUUUCAAAACACAAAGAAUGAAGAUGAUCCAUUCUUCACAUUGACAAGGAAAAGCAACGGAUUAAACAAAAUGCUUCCAAUCUCUUUAGCAAUGUCACAG